CUCACAACUUCCCUCACCUUGCGAUUCUAUUCCAAUUGCGCCCAUCCAACCCCUCGCUCUGCGCACCUAGUCCUAGUGUGCUUUUCCAGGCUUGAAGGGUCUGGCUUCUGUACUCAUAUGAAAAGAAGUCUGUGGAAGCUCGCCGAUAUGGUUAUACCAUCAGUGACGGGCCUGGAUGGCAUCUUUGCCAUCAACAAGCCAAUGGGCAUGUCCUCGGCUCAGGUCAUCCGAGAUUGUCAAGCUUACUUCCAACCGUCUCGCCUAUUCGCGCCGAUGCUCGCGCGCGAGGCCGAGGAGGCUGCCCGUGACGCCGCCACGCAGGGCAAACAUAACCGCAAGUGGAAGAAGAGAAAGCAGGAACCCCGUGUCAAGAUGGGCCACGGCGGCACUCUGGAUCCCUUGGCCACGGGCGUGCUGAUCCUGGGCGUGGGUCGCGCCACCAAGUCCCUGACCAACUUUCUCGAGUGCACCAAGACCUAUGAGACAGUCGUGGUGUUUGGCGCCGCAACCGACACUUAUGACCGCGUCGGGCGCGUACUGACAAAGAAGUCGUACGACGAGAUCACGAGGGAAAAGGUGGAGAAGCAGCUGGAUGCAUUCAGGGGAAAGUACAGGCAAAUGCCCCCGUUGUACUCGGCGCUCAAGAUGAACGGCAAGCCGCUUUACGAGUAUGCUCGCGAGGGCAAGCCGAUCCCGCGCGAGAUAGAAACGCGAGAAGUCGAGGUUCUCGGUCUGGAUCUUGUGGAGUGGUAUGAGCCGGGCACUCACAACCACCGGUGGCCGACCGAGGAGGCCGGGAUUGCCGAGAAGAGCCUCGCUGAGAAUGUGUGGAGGGUGGAGCACGAGCAAGCGACCGGCAAGAAGCUGACGCCUGAACAGGGUGCCGAGGAGGACCGGGCGUUUGCCGCUCACCAGUCAUUCAAGGAGCAGGCCGAGGAGCGCCAGGACAAGCUCGUUUUCGAGAGGGGCCAGAAGCGCAAGGCCGACGAGAGCAAUGGCAGGCCAAACAAGAAACAGCAGGGUAAGCAGGGGAAGCAGGGUCGCGAACAGCUCAUGUCAGGAGCACUAGGAGAGUUGCCACCGGGAGGCCCAUCUAAGGGACGCGGGUCAGAUUUGGUGCCGCCGGCUCCUAGCGCAGACACACCACCACCAUGGGACGGCAAGGGACCACCUGCGUGCAAGGUCAGGAUGACGGUCACAUCGGGAUUCUACGUGAGGAGUUUUGCACAUGAGCUUGGCGAGAAGGUUGGGUCGGCCGCAUUGAUGGCUGAACUCGUCCGCAGCAGACAAGGAGACUUUGCGCUGGCUGGGGACAACUGUCUCGAAUACGACGACCUUGUCAAGGGCGAGAGCGUGUGGGGGCCAAAGUUGGAAAAAGUUCUCCAUCAAUGGUCAUCGACACAUUUACAGGGGGUUGGGCCUCUGAAGAGCAUCUACGCCGAAGAAGCACAGGCUACCGCUGUCGAGAAGGAUCAGUCGGUUACCGCUGCAGAUGAGAAGCCAAGUGCAGCUCCUGCUGAAGAAUCUCAGACCAAGGAAUCUGGUACCGAGGUGGAAGAGACAAAGCCAACGGAUACCAAGGGUGAGACCACCGGAGGCUAUGAAGAAACCCGAACCCACCGCAGGACCGUCUACUGCUUAAGCCUGGCCUGUCUAGGGGACAAAUCCCGGAGGCCGCCUACCAAGGCAAGUUGCGUGCUUACUGUAUCCACAACAAGCUGGGCUUUCUGGUACCAACACCGACGUCGCCUCCGCCGCCGACACCACAUCUGGAUCUUGCACGGAAACACGAUUUGUUUCCACGACUUGGUCCUUUACUGAUUUCUGUUACAUUGUAUUACGUGCAUAGCGAGCGGAGUAAUAAGAGGGAUAUUAAUUUUGCACUAUCCAAAUCAUUAUGUGCAAGUCAAACAACUAUCUAGACUGUUGCUCUAGAUGUCGUCAAUAUCUGUACUCUGGUAUCCAAAUCCGAGUCUGUAGUGAUUACCCAUUCCCUCACAUGCCCCUACCCGCCCUUUCCGUCUUUCCCGUCGUGUGGUAUCAAUUAUAUAGAAACAAAGGAAAAAUAGAACGAUAGACAUUGCCACUUCGUAAAGCCAUUUAUGACUCCUGGAGCAACUGCUUGACCCUCUCUAUUCUACCCACGGCCAGCUCCAACCUCUCCAGCCUCCUCUUCUUCUCGGCGUCUCUCUUCUCCAAUAUGUCCACCCGCUCCUCAAGCCUGGCCCUCGCGCGCCUCUCGGUGGCCACCAUCUGGUUGGCCUCCUCAAACAGCGACGCGCUCAGCUCCUCGACCUCGCGGCUGGCGUCCAGCUCACGCGCCUCGGCCGCGGCCCGCAGCUGCUGCUCCCGAGUCAGGGCGACGAGCAAAUCAUCCAUGGUCUGGUCGCCCGUCACGCGAAGCUGCUGCUCCCUGGACAGCACCAUCAACAAGUCGUCGGUGGUUUUGUCCAUCUUUGACGAGGCCGAUGACCUGUCGCGGGCGGUGGGCGGCGGCAAAGUGGACGUCUUGCCGCCCCACAGGGAGCCUAUACGAUUUCCUCCAGUUGCUGCUGCGGCUGCAGCGGCUUGGUUGCCGGCCGUGGAUGAGUUUUUGAGCUGCCGCCGCAACCGCGCCAGCUCAUCCUCGUAACCGGCCCACUUCUCAACGGCCACGGUGGCUUUUUCGUUGAGAGUUCGCACCUGCAGCCGCAACUCGUCAAUUUGGCGUUGGGCGUCGGCCAGCGACGUGGGGUCGUCGUCGUCACCGCGGGUCGAAGCGGUGGGCGAGGUCGCCGCUGAUGAAGUGGGAGAAUUAUCGAAGCCACAUCUUGGGCAGCUCGAUCUAGAUGAUGAUGAUGAUGAUACUGAUGAGGUUGGUGAAGAUGCUGUCGACAAGGGCGAUGUGGCACCCUGCUGAUCAACAAGUGAUGAUAGCACCUGUCUUGGUGGUGGGGUUUGCUGCCUUGAGUUGGUGUUUGUGGCCUUCUCAAAGAGCUUCUCACGACGCGAGGGGAAUUGCGCCUGGGGUCUGAAUGCUGGUCUCCUGUUGUUGUUCGUAUCUGAGCUUAGCAUCGCCGUGUUGAUAAUAAUAGAACAAGACUGUGCAGUAUAUGCUGGUGCUGACAGUCCCGGUAAUGGGAUAGGUCUCAGACUCGAAAAUGUCUGACUGUUUUCGUGGGUGAUUGAAGGUGUUUAUGUGUUUGUUGUAGUAAUUCGUCGUAGUAAGCAGACCAAAGUUGUUGGCCGACCCUAGUUUCAACCAAGUGACCCUGCUAUUUUUUUAUUUUAUUUUUUUAUUUUCGAUGACAAACGACUGUAUGGGCCUGUGUUGUUGUUUUGUUGUGUUGUUGUCUUGUUUUCUGGCCUUUCUUGUAAAAAAAAAAAAGAACGACUACCUUUGUUUGUUGGUGAUUUCCCCCUGAAUAUUGGAGAGAAAUUCAAUGUUGCUUGAAGCGAUGGUGAAGUGAGUGCAACCGGCUGCUGACUGUAAAAGUGCGAACCCAGUCGUUUUAAUCCAGUCUUUUACAAGUCCCGAAAUGCGAUCCGGAACCUUUUAUUGGAUCACGAGUGUGGCUCUUCAACUCUUAUUUUGGUUAGAGGCGGUUGUAAGAAAAUCCUCCUGACGUCGUGUGGGCUUUGGAUGGAUCAAGGGAUCACCAAGAUGGGAUUUGUGAGAGAAAAAAAUCAGCACAGGGGUCGUGGUUGUUGUCCUGCUGUCCAAGCUACCUUAUUUUUCUUUGCUUCGCCUCGGCUGGCGGAUCGACCUUUUGGCUGGAUGGGACCCGCCUGACAAGGCAGAUUUUAUGCUAUGAUUGGUUUAGUUCCCGUAAUUCGAUGUUACAGUGUUGCUGUCUUGGCCCAGCUUGGAUUGUCUAUUUCGGGAAGUUUUGAAGAUUG